ACCCGCCGCCCUCAACCCAGGAAGUUCAAUUCUCAACCCAACCUAGAUAAUUGAGUACUAACUAACUAAUUACCAUAAAUAAAUUAAACCCAAAUUCACCAAUGAAUUGAAGAAAAUGUAAACAAAAACUUAACUCUACUUAUAACAACAAACAGAGGUAUUAAUUAGUGCACCCGAUUUCUUAAUUUUAAUUUUGUUUCAUUUUUGCUCUGGCGAUGUUCGUGGCUUUCAAGGCCCGGCAGGAGCAGCAUCAGCGUGAGGCAGAAGCAGCAUCGACUUGAGGUAGGAGCAUCAGGCGGUGUACGGUGUUCGGCGUUGAGUAGGCGGCGUCUGGCAGAGCAGAAGACGACGUUUUCUCGUUGAUCCGGCGCCAUUCGUCGUUCAAAAGGGCAGGCUUCGUUCGUCAUUCCGCCGGCGCCGUUCGUCGUUCAAAGGGAGCUGACGACGUUCGACGGAAACAGCAGGCGGAGGGAGGGAAGACGGCAGGAUCUAAGUUGGAAAAGAGGACAAGUGCAGGGAUCCAAAUAUGUGUUUGGCCAAAAAAGUACUACAGAACCUGAUUAUACUGUCAGUAUAGGCGACGAAGAAUCUGUAAGCUGAAACUAAAGAAAAUGCAAGGAUUAAAGGCAGCGGCAUCUUUACUCGUCAGACGCAGUAAAAUAAACCGUGCUGGUUUCUUCGCUCAUCGUCACUACAGAAACCUCUCCUCUAUUCCAAGCAGUGAAUCUAUUGACGAUGAUGAUCUCGAUAAUCAAGUAUUAGUUGAAGGUAAAGCUUACUCAAGAACCGCUGUUCUCAAUAGACCUUCUGCACUUAAUGCUCUCAAUACUAAUAUGGGCGCUAGACUGCUGAAAUUGUAUAAAUUGUGGGAAGAUGAUCCGGAUAUCGGUUUUGUGACGAUGAAGGGUAGUGGGAGGUCCUUUUGUGCGGGUGGCGACAUUGUUACUCUUUAUAACUUGAUCAAACAAGGGAGGCUGGAUGACUGUAAGGAAUUUUUUCGCACGCUAUAUACUUUCAUUUACAUUCUAGGUACAUAUAUGAAGCCACAUGUGGCUAUUUUGAAUGGCAUCACUAUGGGUGGUGGUGCUGGAGUUUCAAUACCUGGCACAUUUCGGGUUGCAACUGAUAAAACUCUUUUUGCUACCCCUGAGUCUCUUAUUGGAUUCCAUCCUGAUGCUGGCGCAUCCUUCCACCUCUCCCAUUUACCUGGUCAUUUAGGAGAAUACUUGGCUUUAACUGGAGAAACCCUCAAUGGAGCAGAAAUGAUUGCUUGUGGCCUAGCUACACACUAUACAUAUAGUGAAAGGCUUCAAUUAAUUGAUCAUCAUCUUGGGGAACUCAUUACCGAUGAUCCUUCUGUCAUUGAAACAACUUUAGAAAAAUAUGGUUACGUUGUUAAUCCAGAUAAGAUGAGUGCAAUUCAUAGGAUUGAAACUAUUGAUAAAUGUUUUAGCCAUGACACUGUUGAAGAAAUAUUUGAUGCUUUGGAAAGCGAGGCUUCUGGAACUAACGAUGCAUUUUGCAAUUCCACACUAAGAAGACUGAAAGAAGCAUCACCACUGAGCUUGAAGGUGUCCUUAAAAUCUAUACAAGAAGGUAGAUUUCAAACACUUGAUCAGUGUUUGGUUCGUGAAUACCGAAUGUCCUUACAAGGAAUAUCCAAACAGAUCUCUAAUGACUUUUGUGAGGGUGUUCGUGCUCGAAUGGUGGAAAAAGACUUGGCACCAAAGUGGAACCCUCCAAGCUUGGAACAAGUAUCAGAAGACAUGGUGGAACAAUAUUUCUCUCCUCUUAGUGAAACGGAGUCUGAUCUAGAGCUUCCGACGAAACAGCGAGAAGCAUUCACAUAGCUGGCUGUCUUCUUUAGGAAUAGGUACAUGCAACUGGCAAAUGCUAGGAAAUUUAUUUACCAGGUAAACAGAUGUUUAGGCAUGUGCAAAGAACUAAUAAAAAAAAAUAACCAUCAUUUUUUCUGGAAUCAUUGUGUUACAUGUUUUUGAUAGUAAUCUCUGUUGAUUUUUUAAA